AUGUCGUUGCGGCGGUCUCGUAUCAACGCGCUACUCUGGCUCACCUUGAUCGCCCUCAUCAUUGGAUUCGAAGUGCCAAGAUGUGGAGUGAAAGCUGCACCAGCAGUCUCUUCUGCCCGGCCUAAUUCGACAAUGAGUCGACAUCUUGAUGGGCGAGGUUUGACUACGGCGACGCAAUUUGCACAGCAACCUACUUUUGCAGCCUCGGAGCUCGAUGGGAGGACACUGGUCGCGCAAACAUUCGAGAGGAGCACCGCGACCUUUUGGGCGCGCGAGCUUUCACAAGAGCGGCGUGGGACGCGGUCCAGCUUGACGAGCAAAAAUGGCCCUCGUCGGAGAUCGACAGAGGUGCGACUCGAUAGGUUGCGCAAGAGCGGUUCUUCUUCUUGGACUAGCAAAUUGUGGGCCGACAUGACAAGCACCCACGUGCAUCGUCGCAGUGAGGACGACCGUCUAGGGAGGGGAGUCAUGCUGAUCGAUGAUGAGCUUGGCAGGAGAAACUUGUUCCAUCCUACUUCUCCUCCUCCCUCCUUGCAUCGACGCAACAUUUUCAAAAAGAUAGGUCACGCGUUCAAAAAGGCUGGUGAAGCCAUCAAGAAUGCUGCCGAGACGGUGGGAGGCGGCAUCAAAAAGGCAGCCGAAGUGGUGGGGGACGGGGUGAAGAAGGUUGCGGAAAAGAUUGGAGAUGGCGUCAAAGAUGCUGCUCAGAAAGUGGGGGGCGCGGUGUCGGAUGCGGCCAAGGUGGUCGGUGAGAAGGUCGUCACUGCUGCGGAAGCUACGGCCAACUUUGCCCAAAGAGCUGGAAGAGGCAUCGCCACGGUUGCGAGCAGAGUUCCGGACACGGUAAGUGUAGCGGAGCAAGUCCGCCCAAAAGGGCCUCUUCUCGACCCCGUCGUGUAGUCUCUUGCCUGCUGCUGACAUCCAUGUCUUUUCGUGCAUAGGCAAAAGCCGUAGCCAAUGCGACGGCCAAUGGAUUCAAGCCUAGCGCGCUGGUGCAAGAGGCCAAAGCGGGUCUCACGUACGGAGCGCCAGGAAUGAUGAUCAGCAAGUUCGGAGGUAUAGCUGCAGCUUUCGCACAUUUGGGAGGCAAGAAGGCAGGAAUGAUGGCGGACGCUUAUGCACAAGUCGGCAAGAAUCUGUUGGCAGGUGACAAGGCGACCAAGUAUAUUGGAAAGCCACCGAGCUGGAAACAGGUGGACAUUUAA